AUACCAGAAAUGAAUAUGCGAUUAACGACAGCAUACGACUUUCUUGUGGUUGUAUCUUCAAAAAUGAGUGAUUUCGCAUUUCUUUCUAUGAUUUGUCUUGCUUUUAUGCUUUCCCAAUGCGAAGGGAAGAUCUUUCCGCCACCUGAAGGGACUGAAAUAACAUUUUUACCUGGAACAGAUGGGAAAAUACGGUGGUCAUUUGAUGACGAACUGUCUUCUGGCAGUUUUCGUGGUUGGUAUCGACGAAAAACCUUAGAUGAAAAAGCAAAGUUACUUGCACAAAUCAUCGAUGAUGAUUCAGUGCCAAGUUUCCUCGCACCUGGCUACGCAAUAGAAGGAAACGCAACACUGGUGAUAAAAAAUGUUAAUGAAAGUCAUAAUGGAAUAUAUCAGUUUUUCCUUGGCCCCCAUCAUCCAUCUAAUGUUGUAGUUUUUGUCGCAAGCAAACCAGCAGUAACAGUCAAUUGUUCCAGUUCCAUCGCAGCAAUUGAGGGUGAUAAUAUCACAUGUAUCUGCCAGGCCAGAGAUGGUAAUCCUCCAGCUAACGUGACAUGGUAUAAAGAUGGCGUCAAGAUCACUGAAUCGGAAAAAAAUAGACAAAUAUUAAAUCUAAACGAUGUCGAUAAAAAAGAUAGUGGAAUAUACAAAUGUAUAGCCCGAAGCUACACCUUAGCAGACGAAAAAUCAAUUGAAGUAAUGGUAUAUUACCCAGUCUCACCUGCUAUUUUAAGUCUUACGACCACCCCAGAAGAUGUUGUAAUUGGUGAAUCAGUUGUAAUAACAUGCGAAGCUAUAGCUGUUCCCUUACCAAGUUAUACAAUAAUCCAUAAUGAUACUAAAGUCGUCAGUAAUCGCAAGACGUAUAUUAUAACGCUUUUGAAAUACAACGAUGCUGGCUCAUAUGAAUGUAUUGCUACAAAUCAACUUGGAAAAAGUUCAAAGACUUUUAAUUUGUCUGUCGUCGAAAUACGAAAAACGAAUACCCCAAGUUCGAAAGGUGUCGGAACAGACAAACCAGAAUUACAGGAAUCCCAGAAUUGCCAAAGUGGAACUGAAUGGUACAUCGUUUUGGUAUCAUCCGUGACCACAUUCAUCAUAGGAAUUCUCAUUUCUUGCACUGUUUUUUACUUUCGUUGUAAAUUCAGAAGUAGGAAGCCUCAACCAAACCGUGAAAGUCCAAAAUCUCAAGUUGAUAAAACUUAUCAGGAAUUAGAUCUUACAAAAAUGAACACAGGAGAGAAUUAUCAGACAUUGACAGCGGUUCACGGCGCUGCAGCAAGUAAUGAAAGUGUAAGAGAAGAUGACUCAACUUACACUGAGCUGAGUAAAACCAGAGAUAUAGAGGAAAACUAUCAAUCUUUGACUUGAACA